UUAUCCACUUAUGGCAAGAGACAGCCAACUAAACAGCAAAAGAUGCACCAAAUCAGUGUUUGUUGCAACGGCUUGGCGCCUCCACCGCCAUCCGCUCGUCAACCUCCGCUUCAGCCAAUCGUACGCCGAAGACAUAGCACCGUCACUGCUUUUGCUGCAAAAUCCGGAGGAUUUUCACUUAAUUCGAUACUCAAAAAUUGCCAAACUUGCGGAGGAAAAGGAGCAAUCGAAUGUCCUGGGUGUAAGGGGAGUGGAAAGAAUAAAAAGAAUGGAAAUAUCUUUGAACGGUGGAAAUGUUUUGACUGUCAAGGAUUUGGUCUAAAGAGUUGUCCCAGCUGUGGAAAGGGAGGGUUAACACCCGAACAACGUGGAGAAAGAUAGAGUACUUCAGAUUAGGGAAUUUCUCUCAAGUUCUUGUACCAUUCAACCUAUUAAUAUUCAGGUUGCCCCCACAUUUGUACAAGCAUUAAGGAUAUUUUAA